AUGUCUUCCAAUGAAGAAGGUUACGUGGUCCGGAUCAGAGGCCUUCCUUGGACCUGCACCCAGGAGGAGGUGGCCAGUUUCUUCUCAGACUGUGACAUCGUUGGCAAAGUCGAUGGCGUGUGUUUCACCUACUCGAGAGAAGGCCGACCCAGCGGAGAGGCCUUUAUUGAACUAAAAACAUCGGAUGAUUUCAAGAAUGCUCUAUGUAAAGAUCGUAAAUACAUGGGGCACCGCUACAUUGAGGUGUUCAAGUCAAACCGUAGUGAGAUGGACUGGGUGCUGAAACGGAGCGGGCCCGCUGACUAUGACAGCUCCAGUGGCUGCAUGCUGAGACUCAGAGGCCUGCCCUUUGGUUGCAGUAAAGAGGAAAUUGUUCAGUUCUUCUCAGGGUUGAGAAUCGUGCCGAAUGGGAUUACUCUGCCAGUGGACUACCAGGGGAGGAGCACAGGGGAAGCCUUCGUGCAGUUUGCCUCAAAGGAGAUAGCAGAAAAGGCUCGGGGGAAACACAAGGAAAGAAUAGGGCACAGGUACAUAGAGAUCUUUAAGAGUAGCCGCGUGGAGAUCCGAUCCUACUAUGACGAGCCCCGGCGGGCGAUCGGGGGCCAGAGACCGAGCCCUUACGACAGGCCCGUGAUGGAAGGACCCAGGGGGGGAUACUUUUCCUCCGGUCCCAGUCGCUGCGGUUCGCUCAUGGACUCCAUGAGGAGCGUUGGGGGCUACGGGAGGGGUUAUGGACACAGUUACGACAGCUACAAUGGAUUGAACAACUACGGCUUUGGAAACUGCCUGUUUGAUGAGCGCAUAAGAGAAGAGCGAGGAUCCAGAGGCCACAGUUACAGUCGUCAAAGUGAAGUAGGCUCAAAUUACAACGGCGGCCAUUUUGUCCACAUGAGGGGCUUGCCUUUCCGCACCAACGAGAUGGACAUCGCUGAAUUCUUCUCCCCUUUGAACCCAAUGAGAGUCCACAUCGACGUCACUCACAACGGCAAGCUGACGGGAGAGGCCGACGUGGAGUUCCGCUGCCACGAGGACGCCGUGGCCGCCAUGUCCAAAGACAAGAACCACAUGCAACACCGCUACAUUGAGCUCUUUCUCAACUCGACAGCCAGCGGAGCUGAAAUGAGUGCGUGUCGCGGGGGUUUCUAUGGAAACUCAGGAGGAGGCUCCCGGAGCAGCGGGCUUCGAAGCGCCUACUGA